CACACUGAUUGCAAACACGGAAAUACAGCGAGAGGAGAGAAACGCCAGCGGAGUUAGUUCAUCUGUGAAUUCAAGCAAAUUCAGCUCGAGUGACUAAAAGCACGCAGGACACGAAGCUGGACGUUUCUCUGUCGUCGCAUGGAUCUACUGCAGCUUCUGUCAUGGGCCUGCAUCGUGUUCACGGUCGGGAUGUUCUCGACCGGACUGAGCGACCUAAAGAAGAUGCGAGAAUCCAAAAGUACAGAGAACAUCCAGUUUCUCCCUUUCCUCACCACAUGUCUGAAUAACCUAGGUUGGUUGUAUUAUGGGAUUCUGAAGAAGGACCAGACGAUUACCUUGGUCAACGUUAUCGGAGCUUGCCUCCAGGUCGUUUACAUCAUCAUGUAUUUGAAAUACACCAACCAGAAGAGGUUGGUGAUGUCCGAGACUCUUGCAGCAGGUAUGGUGCUGGUCGGCGGUUGGUUCUACUUCAGCAUGUUCCUCCCCGAGGGAGAGACUCGGCUCAGCCAGCUGGGCCUCACCUGCAGCGUGGUCACUGUCAGCAUGUACCUGUCCCCGCUCACCGACCUGGUGAAGAUAGUGCGUAGUGGGGACGUGCAGUGCUUGUCCUUCCCCCUGACUGUAGCCACCUUCUUCACUUCAACCUCCUGGGUCCUUUACGGCCUGCAGCUAAACGAUAACUAUAUUGUGGUUCCAAACACUCCAGGAAUCUUCACCAGCCUCCUCAGAUUGUAUCUGUUUUGGAAAUUCGCGUCUGUCAAGCAAAGCUCGCCUUCGUAUAAGUCCAUGCAAAUAUGAGAGCAGCAUGUGAGACGACACAUUUCUAGGUUGCAGCCAGGCUCUUGUCGAUAGUGAGACAGGGUCACAUGAUGAGAAACAAUCAUUCCGCUUGUGACUCCACUUAUGAAGUGGAGAUAAUGUAUUGCUUUUGUUGUCUUAGUCAUUUUGGGGAUUGAUAUGAAGGAUAACAGUGACGUGGUUUAAUGAAAAAAUCAUGAUGUUUUCAAAUAUGUUUUUUAUUUGGGGUUUACUGUAUCUAUCUGUUAAACUUGUGACCUGUGUCUCCUCUUCACGUCUUUCAAGUGCCUUCUAUUAGGUCAUGAUUUAUUGACCUAUAAAAAUAACUAUCUGUUCACAUCCCGUGAAUUGGACCCAAUCUCCGUCACCUUGUAUGAGCCAAAGAUCGUUUGGAGUUGCAACUUGUUGGCUGCUAUUUUUAUACAAAAUUUAGUUUCCCUGUGAAAUGGUACACAUGUAGUGUCAAACGAUGGACCGUACAGCUUCAUAUUUCUCACCACUGCCGGGUGUGGAGAUCCAGAUGUCUCUCUGAGUUGUUACUUUGCAUCACCAACUAGACUGAAUAUCAAGUCAGUAAGCUAUAUUUGUCCAGAAAUGUUUUCUAUAUAUUUUGUUUCCAAGUCUUUUUGAUACAGGGUUAGGGUUUAGAUAUUAUCUAGUUUUUUUGUUAAUUCUAUUUUUUAUAUAUAUUCUUCUGAGAUUAAAUCAAGUGCAGGAAGAGAUUAACACUAUAAGAUAUGUUUACAAAAAAUAAUCAUACUUAUCUUUCUUGUGGCUUUCAUAGGUACUUAAACUGUGUUUGUUUCCUUAUAUUAACAGUAGUAAGAACCUGUGUAACGCAAAUUCUUCUAAGGGACGAAAUAUCUUUGUGUUGUGUAAAUAAAUGUUUAUCAUAACCAUUAA